AUGGCAAACUCUCAUACCAUGGUAAUGCUCGUAUAUAUAGUAAUGUUUUACAUGACUAGUCCAAUUUUUUCCCAAGAGGUACUAGACAAUGUGGCUAUAUCUCCAACUUCAGGUUUCGAAAUUUAUAUCGAAACUCCCGAUGAAGCUCCAUCCGAAUUAGCUGAAUCCCCUGCAGAGAAAUGUGACCCGGAGCCUAUUAACGAUUACUCACAAAAACAACUCGAUUUUCUUCGGGCUUGCGCGGAAAAAUCGAGCUCGAAAUGCGGAGAUGAGAUUUUCAACAACUUGGUGGAUGAGACGGCAACCCGAAUUACGGAUAGAUGUUGUCUUGAUAUAUUGAAGACUGGAAAAGAUUGUUAUCUUGGAGUUGCUAAGAUUAUAUUCUCCAUAAAAGAGAAUAAAGAAAUGGGAUCUAAGGCUAUUCCAAGAAGUAAACAAACAUGGAACAAUUGUGUCCAUAGAGUUGGGAACAAGAUUGGUACUGUUCCAGUUUCUUUGGAACAGUAA